ACGUGAAACGCGGCGCUGCAACCGGGAAGUGACGUCAGACGGUGUUGAUGUUUUGCGGGACGGCUCCGGUUGUUUUUGUUCUCCGUUCACCUCGAAAACCGAUCAAUUAGUGGCGUUCAACGGGGUUUUCCGUCGCCUAACGGUCUACGGUCGAUCAGUUCACGAGACCGCGUGGCUCGGAGGCGGAGAAGCCGAAGAUUUAGCUCCAGAAAGGGAGGACUCGUCACCUCUUUGACCCCCCCCCCCCACACCACCAUGACGAUCCUCCCGAAGAAGAAACCCGGCUCCGCCGUCGGGGUCUCGGAUCACGCCGACGACAGCGACCGCCGGAGCGGUUCCGACCCACACCAGCAUCCGCACCCCCGGACCGGAGCCCGGCCCAGAGCUUCUCCGCCCCCGUGGUCUUACCAGCCCGCCCCGGCCUCCGCCAGGGAGGACAGGCGUAGCAUCGAGGCUAGUUCUCGGCCGCAGCAGGCCUCUCCCCAGCCUGGCGGCUCGGGGUCUCCCGUAGGACCGGGCGAAGGGAGAGACAACAGCGGCGGAAUAGCGGCUGGUUCCCGGGGUGAAGUGGUGGUGUCGGCCGGGGCUGGUUGUGGAGGAGGGAUCAGCAGCUGCUGCUCGGGGCCUGGGCUUAGCAAGCGGCGGCGACAGGCAGGCACUUGUUCCGGCGGAGUAGCCGCUCUCACCGGGGGAGGUCAGCCCGGGGUGACCGGCCAAGGAAGCAUUGGGUCCGGCGGAGAGACGGAGGAAGGAGCCGGUGGAAACAACAGCGAGGACGAGUAUGAGAAUGCCGCUCGACUGCAGUCGGUUGAUCCGGCGACGGUUGAGCAGCAGGAACACUGGUUUGAGAAAACCCUCGGAGAAAAGAAGGGUUUUGUCAUUAAAAAGAUGAAGGAAGAUGGUGCCUGUUUGUUCAGAGCAGUAGCUGACCAGGUGUACGGGGAUCAGGAUAUGCACGAAGUGGUUCGUAAGCACUGCAUGGACUACCUGAUGAAGAAUGCUGAUUACUUCUCCAACUACGUGACCGAGGACUUCACCUCCUACAUCAACAGGAAGAGGAAAAACAACUGCCAUGGCAACCACAUCGAGAUGCAAGCCAUGGCUGAGAUGUACAACCGGCCGGUAGAGGUUUACCAGGACGGCACAGAACCAAUCAACACGUUCCAUGGUAUCCACCAGAACAAGGACGAGCCAAUCAGAGUGAGCUACCACAGAAACAUCCACUACAACUCCGUGGUGAACCCCAACAAGGCCACGAUAGGGGUAGGGCUGGGCCUGCCUGCCUUCAAACCCGGGUAUGCCGACACGUCCCUCAUGAAGUCGGCCAUCAAGACGUCGGAGGAGUCGUGGAUCGAGCAGCAGAUGCUGGAGGACAAGAAGCGGGCGACGGACUGGGAGGCCACCAACGAGGCCAUCGAGGAGCAGGUGGCCCGCGAGUCCUACCUGCAGUGGCUCCAGGACCAGGAGAAGCAGGCCCGCCAGCCCCGUAAGGCCAGUGCUACCUGUAGUUCAGCGACGGCGGCGGCGUCCAGCGGGUUGGACGACUGGAGCGCCCGGUCACCGAGGCAACGGGACUCUGACCCCUCCCACUCUGACCCAGCAACCGCCCCGUCAACCACCAACAAACCACCCUCCCCAACGGGGGCGGGCCUCAGCCUCAACAAGCCCCCCUCUCCCUGUGCACCAGGUCCUAGUAACUCCAGCCGUCACCACCUGGAGUACAGAGCCAUCAUGCAGGAGAUGUCUCCCACAGCGUUUGGGCUGACGGACUGGGAGGACGAUGAGAUCCUGGCCUCUGUACUGGCCGUGUCCCAGCAGGAGUACAUGGACACCAUGCUGCCCCAGGGGACCACCACGCUGCACCGCGAGAGAGACGCCUCCCCCGACAGCAGCUGAUAGACUCACACAACGCACACAUCAAACCACGCACCACGACGAGCAGCCACGACCUCUGACCUCAUCACACACACACACACACACACACACACACACACACACACACACACACACACACACACACACACACACACACACACACACACACACACACUUACACAGAGAGAGAGAGAGACAGGGACAUGGUGAAUAAUAAACAUGUUGUUUGGAACGCAA